AUGGACGCAGUAUCAAAAGUAUGUGCCGACAAUGUCACGAAUCUACAACCACCAAAUAAGGAUACCAAACCAAAGAGGAAGAGAUCCAGCACGGAUGUUCCGAAGACUGACGUAGUGGGUCAAUCAGUGGAAACGCCAAGAAAAGUUAAGGCGGUAUCCACGAGUGGCCAACCUCGCCAGUUCAUACAGCUGAACAUCAAUGGUUUGAACGUACCUGAACGAAAGACCCAACUGGUACAGCUACUACAAAGGAAGCAGUAUGAUGCCGUUUUUCUCCAAGAGUCCAAGCUCGGUUCAAGGAAUAAAGACCCUAUCAUCAAUGGUUAUACUUUGAUCAGAUUAAACAGACCUAAUGCUCUCAACCAUCGAAGUGGUGGGGGUCUGGCCAUCUACAUCAAAAAUGGUAUAUCCCAUAGUGAGGUUCCUCUGAAAACCAUCGCUCCUCUGGAGGCACAGGCGGUAUCCUUUACCGACAAGUCAAAGGUUUUUUCUAUCGUUAAUAUUUAUCGACCCGAAGUCAAAGGCAAACCUCAACGAUUCAGUGAAUAUCAGUAUGUUUACGAUCAGUUGCCCGGGACCGACAAUAUUGUGCUUGGUGAUUUUAACGCCAAACACGUAUUGUGGGGCUCGCCAACAACUGACACUAAUGGUAGACAAGUUGCUGAGUUCAUUGAGGCCAAUGACCUGGUUAGCAUAAUUGAUGGUAGCAUUACUUAUGUUGGUGCAAUUGCUCCUCUUGGUUCGCAUCUCGAUCUCACAUUAGUAAGCAGUCGGUUAGCUAAAGACUGUACGUGGGAAGCAACCAGUGAGACCCUUGGAAGUGACCAUGUUGUCAUUGAAAUCACGCUGUCACGCAAUGUUGUGAAGGAGGAAGUCAUGUCAGAAGUUAUUUCCGAAAUAAGAAGAAUGAUCCACAACUACCAAACCAACAACAACCAGAAGAUUGAAUUAGUAUGGGUUCCAUCGCACGUCUCCAUUCCUGGCAAUGAUCAAGCAGGCCGUUGUGCCAAGGAAAGUCUGAGUCUGGAGGAUAUCGAGCCUGUAGAAUACUCCUACUCGGAGUUCUGCAGUAUCGUAUCUUCUAGGAUCAACCAGAAAUGGUCUGACAUGUUACGGAACCUCGACACCGCAAGAUACCAGAUUGAUCCGAAGAUACCAAACCAAACCAAACCAAACCAUCCAUGUGUAGCCAUCUGCAAAGUGGCAACCAGACUCCGGACCAACAACGUACUACGAGACCAUCAGUUCAACGCCAUUAAAUGUCGCUGCGGCCACGUUGCCACAAGGUCGCAUGUCCUCAUUCAAUGCACUGAACUGAAACCCGCUCGUAAGCCACUACUAGAGUACCUGGAAACCAACGGCAUACCACUCACCAUACAGAAUGUUUUGGCUCCACCCACGGACCACUGGUAUACGAUAAUGGAAAUAGUCUUCCAUUUUAUAACCAAAUCUGUCUUGAACAGAUAG